UAUCUUGCAAAUAGUUGUUUGCUAGCCUGUGUGAUAAAAAGCAAGAUAUGGCUCUAUCAGGAAAGUUAACCGGUUACGUUGAGAUCAGUAAAAACGGUGAUUUCUUCCACGAUCUCUUUAGGCACAACCCGCACAAGAUGUUUGCAAUAGCUCCUGACAGGGCUCAUGACUGUGAGUUGCAUGAGGGUGAUAGAGGGGCUGUUGGAUCAGUCAUCACUUGGCACUACACUGAAGGGGGAAAGAGGAAAAUAUCGAAGCAGAUAAUUGAGUACGCCAACGAGGAAAACCACAUGAUUGUGUUCAAUGUAAUCGGAGGGGAGCUUGCGGAGAUAUACAAGAGCUUUAGAAUCACUUUGCAUGUUGAACCAAAGGGUGAUGGGAAGGUGGCUACAUGGACCUUUGAGUUUGAGAAGCCGGACACAAGUGUACCCUAUCCAACUUCAAUGAUGGAUUUCCUUUGCAAGCUUGUUAAGGAUUUGGAUGCCCAUGACAAAGCUUAAUAGUUCCGAACAUCAAAGAUGAAAAUGAUGGGAAUUGAAUGUUCUGCGUAAUGUGUGUUUUUCCUAUUAAAAGAAUAAAAUGAAGAUGGUAGUUUAAAGAAUAAAGUUAGAGGUAGAUAUGUUAUAUGCCUCAAUAUGUGUGUACACUGAAAGAUGGCUUGCUUGUAUUUGUAAUAUAUUUCGUUUAAGUACUGUCAUGCAGGGAUCUUUGUGAUCAUGAGAUGUGUAUGUA